GCAGUGCUGAGGAAGAAAGGCAAGAGAUAAAGGAGCAGAGCAGACAACUGUGGAUGGAAGGAAGCCGUCAGCACCAUAGUCACCAUUAAUCACCCAGGGCCAUUGUGGUCCUGUCUUCUAUACGGCGCCAACGCAGGCAGCCAGACUGAGAUAAAGAAGAAGAGAGCAAGAGGAAGAAGGAGAGAGGGGGCAGGGUGGCUGCAGGGAGAAAGAGGGGGAGAGAAUGGUUGAGUAUCAGCCUGUAUGUCCACCUCAGCCCCUACUGCGGGGCUGGGGAGCAGUGCUUCUGUCUCAGUGCUUGUCCUCCGUGUUCUCCCAGGUCCCGGAUCCUGAGUUUAUGCCCACAGAUCCUCCAAAGAAGCCGGACCCCAUCACCUCAGAGUCCGUGGUUUUCUGGGGGCUGCGGUUAUGGCAGGUCAUCGCCAUCUUUUCGUUGUUCAUUUUAGCCGUUAUUAUCACCCUUUGUUGUAUAUUCAAAUGUCGAAUUCCGAGAACCAAAAAGGAAAUCGAGGCACGGAACGUGCAGAGACAGGCUGCCAAGAAAUACGCCAACACUUUAGAGACAGUGCCACCUCUUAAUGAGCUGACUGAGAUCCCAGGAUCUGCAAAAGUGGAAGUAAAAGAAGAGGUGACAACAGUCUCCGGGAAAGUGGAUGCUGAUAAAGGAGAGAAGAAGACCAAGGAGGGCAAGAAAGAGGGCAAGGCUGCCAAAGAAGGGAAAGGAGAUGAAAAGGAUGCAUCAACAAAGAAGGGGGAAAAGGGUGAAAAGGGAGCAUCCAAGAAAGAAGGUGGUGAAGGCAAAGGGAAGAAAUCUGGAGAGAAGGGAGACACAGGGGAUAAAGGAAGUAAAGGAGAAAAAGGAGGCAAAGGAGAAAAAGGAGGCAAAGCAGGAGCUAAAGGGGGAGCCAAGAAAGCUCAAAAGUGAGCUCUGCUUUCCAUGGACAAACGCAGAAAAAGAUCAUUUCAUAUUUUUCACUGCAAGCAUUUUGCACACUUUUUUCUAUGAUGAAAUUUUCUAUAUUGUAUUUGAA